AGUUUGAGCUAUACUCAACACAUUUCUCUCUCUCUCUCUUGUUCAAACUUCAAACAGUUUUUGUGACUUGGUUUUGAGUUUUUAUUAUAUUUGUAAAACAAAUAUAGAAUGGCAGAAAUUUUGAAUGAAGACCAAAUUGUUGAGAUCAAAGAAGCCUUUUGCUUGUUUGACAAAGAUGGUGAUGGUUGCAUUACUGUUGAAGAACUUGCAACAGUAAUUCGGUCAUUGGAUCAGAACCCAACAGAGGAAGAGCUUCAGGAUAUGAUAAAUGAGGUUGAUGCAGAUGGAAAUGGAACUAUUGAAUUUGUUGAAUUCUUGAACUUAAUGGCCAAGAAAAUGAAGGAAACUGAUGCAGAUGAAGAUCUCAAAGAGGCUUUCAAGGUUUUUGAUAAAGAUCAAAAUGGUUAUAUUUCUGCUAGUGAGUUGAGACAUGUUAUGAUUAAUUUGGGUGAAAAAUUAACUGAUGAAGAAGUGGAUCAGAUGAUUAAAGAAGCAGAUUUGGAUGGUGAUGGUGAAGUUAACUAUGAUGAAUUCGUUAAGAUGAUGAUGACAAUUGGAUGAAAGAAAUUCUCUCAACAAUUAACCUAUAUCAUUUCAUUUGUUAUUUAAAUUUGUUAAUCUCAUCCUCUUUCAAGAAAUAAUUCAAGAAAUAAUAAAUGUUUCUUUUAUUUA